UCAUGCAUUUUAACACAAAAACACAUCAAAACACACCAGAAUUACUUUAUUGAUGUCAUUUGGUGCGCUGUGAAUUCUGGUUAAUUUAUAAAAAAAUAAAACAUUCCUAAUAUUGUGUAAUAUCGUGCAGGUUUGUUGCAUAAUCUGAGCUUAAAGGACUUUGUCUUGUGUCUGUUGGCAAGCACAAAUCAAUUACAAUGUGAAUUUAUCCCAGACAACAGCAAAUAUUCACACAGUUUCAGAAACACAUGUUGCUGUAAGGUGUUUUUAUUUUAGGAUGAGAGAUUGUGUGCGGUGAGAGACUCUUGUUUCAGUAACACUAAACCUCAGCUUAACAGAAUGAGAUCGGGUCAGGUUAAACGUUACUGCGUGACGUUGUGUGUAAGUGAAUACAGGUCGAAUUAAAACUAGCUCAGAUCAGUCAUCAGGCGAGAUGUUACAGACAAGCUGAAGAUGAAAUAGUUAAAAACAAGAGUUAUAAAGAUCUCAUCAUCGACAGGCUGAAGUGUUUUUCAAGGGAAUAUGAUGAAAACGAGGAAGAAGAGGAAGGUAACAGUAUGACGAGGCCGGACGCUUUCAUUUCACUGGACGCUGAGACUGACAGCUCUGUCAGGAGAGGAAAAAGCCUCGUCAGAUCAAAGACUUUAGAUCCGUUAUUACUUCUGCAAGUCCAGAGUGACUCUGAAUUAAAGUGUGAACGCAGAAAACCGCAGUCAUAUCAGUUUCUACGAACAAAUUCCCAAUACCACAAAGUUUUCAAAGACAUAAGAGAAGAAGAAGAGCUGCUACAGAGUUACACUUGUGCUUUACAGAAAGAUAUUCUCUAUCAGGGGAGACUUUAUGUGUCUGAUAACUGGAUUUGUUUUUAUUCCAAAGUUUUUGGGAGAGACACUAAGAUUGCGAUUCCUGUAACAUCUGUGACGGUCAUUAAGAAAACAAAAACAGCCAUCCUGGUGCCAAAUGCGCUUGUGAUAUCUACUGCACAUGAAAGAUAUGCAUUUGUGUCGUUUCUGUCUCGAGACACAACUUACAAGGUUUUGAUGUCAGUUUGUCCUCAUCUGGUUGAGAACAGUCAGACUCCAUUACCGAGUCUGAGGACUCACCCCAUCUCUCUGCCACCGGAUUUCUCAGCGGAUCUGUCAGAUCUGGACGCUCCGGUCAGGCAGACGCAUCGGCACGUGGACGACAGCAGCAGUUCAGACUCACCAGAAUCUCCAGAGUUUGACAAAAGUCCACAUUUUCCAAAACGCUCUAAAGGUUUUAUUGAAGCAUCUAAACGGGACGGUGACGCUGAUUCUCACGCAAAACAAACUGACACUAACGCAAAUCUAGCAUGCAAAGAUGAUGAGGUCAUGAGCACACUGAGACCGGGUUCACUCUCAUUUAACACACUUGUGUUAGUGUAUCUGUCUCUGGUUUGUGUCCUGCUUUUGUCUUCAUGUUUUAUGGCGUUUAAGAUUGUGUCUCUGGAGGAACGUCUGACCUCGCUGGUCUCAAUGGAGUUUCCUCAUAAAGGUGAUGAAUAUCAAAGCCUGUUUGCUGGAGAUCCAAAAGAGAUUUACUCUGUGAUUUCUACAAGUCUGCUGAAGCUGGAAAAGAUUCACAGAAAUCUGCAGAAACUGCUGGAGACUCUGUCUGAUGUGUGAUGACUAUGAAGUUCAGGUGUUUCAGAAUGACAUCUAUGGAGGUUCAGUGAUGGCCAGGCUUGAUGUGAAGAAUAUUGUUUAAAUGCUUUACAUCCACAUCCAGGUAGACACACAAGCUGUUCUCACAACCUCACUUAUAGCUUGUCUGGAUCUCAAUAAUGAAAUGAACUCUACACAGAACACAAGUAGUUGAGUUUGAUUAUUAGAUGCUGAUAUGAAUGUGCUGUAGGGUCAUUUGAAGUGAAUAAACGUGUGUGUGUGUGUAUCGAUGUUUCCUACAUGUUCAGGUUGUAAGCUCACGUGUGAUGUGUGUUUAUGGCUGUUUUGAAACGUUUGUCAUAAAUGGACUGGGGAUGAUGUAUUCGGAUUCCUGUGAGCAACAUUUAAACAAUAUUCAAUCCAUCACAAAGCAACAACAAGAGUGUAAUACAGUAUGUGUAAGAGAGAAAAACUUCUGUUAUGGACUGAUGGCACUUAUAUAUAAUUGUCAUGUAUAAAAAAUAAAGGAAACAUUUUUCGUC